UCCUCGCGCUUGAGAGAACGAACGAAUAGAAGCAGUCGUCACACUCAGGUCUUUCGCGACAGACUUAUUUUUCGGAUAUAUCCUAAUAAUAAUAAUAAUAGUUCUAAAUUAAGUAUACCACAAAUAAUGAACUUUAUUAUUCGCAUUAUUUAUUCAUAUUCAUAUUCGGGGUGAAAGAAGCUACUAUUCAAAGUUUUCAUCCUCGCGAAGUAUCUCGUACGUUUAAUUAUUUAAAUUCCCGCCAAAAAUUUCAUCCUCUUUUAUAAUUGAUGUUUGAAUAAAUUUUUGUUCUUUUAUGUACAAAAAAAAAGUAAGAGAGAGAGAUAAAAGAUUAUCUGUUAUUUUUGUUGUUUUUUUUCGCUAGAAGAAGAAGAACGUAGCAAAUGUCAAAGUUGAAUAGAAAACGAUAAUAAUCAAAAAUUUAUAUUAUUCGUUUGUUUCGACUAAAUCUAUUAAAAACAUCUCUUUGGUAAAAAAAACGAGGAUUCUCUACCCUUCGGAAAGUGAGAAGAUAAAAGCAAGAGGGAAAGUAAAUUUGAAAAGGGAAGAAGCAGUGUGAUACAUACAUAUAUGUAAUGUAAAGGUUGAAGUAAAUAUUGACACCUACUGACACAGCUAGUCGGGGAUCGAACUGUUGUAUUCAGGCAUAAAAUAAACGGAGGGUAGAAAAAGGUGACAGUGCACGAACAACCACGUGCCAAUCGAACGGGAUCAUUUGAUUUCUCCCACCACGGCUUACUAUAUCAACGUCAAUUUUCAACCAACCACGAGGUUACGUCUUCAAUCGAAUCAUUCCUAUCUUGAAACUGUGUUUUGCAUCGCCGUUUUUUUUUUUGUCUAAUUAGUGAUUAUAAUAAGUGAAUUUUUCUUCAUCAUUAUAUUUUAUUUCUUGAUCUUCUUCUUUUUCUUUUUUUCGUUCUUUUCUAUAACAUUUAUAUAUCAUUAUUUAAAAAAGUCGAUCAAAUCGAUACGCAAAAUUUCGAAACAUUUUUAUAAACGAGUUAUAAUCGUCAUGAAGAUAAUACUGAUAGCCAUCUUACUGUCUUGUAGCUUCGGUGUAACAAAGUUACAAAAGAUUCCAGAAUUAUCAUUUUACAAUUACCAUGGUGCCAAGAGAUCUUAUUGUCCACUCAGCGAACACAUCGGGAAUCAACCUGUUAACAGAAAGGAUACAUCUUUGAGACUAAGACAAUUGAGAUCUGAAAUGGUUCGAAUUUCAUCGGUUGAAUCAGCACCACUUCAUGGUUACAUUGUAACAUCGGACGACGAACAUCAGAGUGAAACUGUCGAUCCACGAGAUAUGAGAAGAGAAUUUUUAUCUGGAUUUUACGGCAGUGCUGGAGAUGCAGUCGUAACAUUGGCAAAAGCUGCUCUGUGGACAGAUGGAAGAUAUCAUUUGCAAGCAGAUUUAGAACUUGACUGUAAUUGGAUACUAAUGAAAAAGGGACGAAAACCCAUUCCGUCUAUUACUGAAUGGUUGAAACAUGAAUUUCGAAAUCGAUUUAACAUCCGAAUAGGUGCAGAUCCGAAAUUAGUAUCUGCAGCUACGUGGGAAGCUUGGGAAAGAGAUUUAGCAAAUACAUCCAUAAGUUUGGUGGCAGUACGUAAAAAUCUGAUAGAUUUGAUCUGGCAAGUAGGACGGCCCAAUUACAAUUCCUAUGCAGCAUACCCAUUAAAAGACGAAUAUGCAGGAAAAACGUGGCAAGAAAAAAUAAAGGACAUCAGAUUAGAAAUGAGUCUUGCCAAGGCGGAUGCAUUUGUGGUCACAGCAUUGGAUGAAAUAGCUUGGCUAUUCAAUAUUCGAGGAUACGAUCUCCCCCAUACUCCUGUUCUUAGAUCCUACGCAAUCGUUACACAAGGAUCUCUUCAUCUUUAUGUACCUAAACAUAAACUUUUACGAUCUGUUGAAAAACAUUUAAAAAUGGACUCUUGUUCUCACGCUGAAUGUGUUAAAUGGCACAAUGAAACAUGUAUCUGGAAUGAUUUAAGAACAAUGUCUCAAGCGUGGAACAAAGUUUGGCUACCAACGCCAUGUGGAUAUGCGGAAGGAGCAUCAAAAGAAAUAUAUUCUUCUAUUCCAGCUGAAAAACGAUUACCAAAAGCCUCGCCCAUAAUUGAUCUAAGAGCAAUAAAAAAUAAAGUUGAAGCCGAAGGCAUGAGGAGAGCUCAUAUCAGAGAUGGCAUGGCUAUGUGUGAUUUCCUUGCUUACAUGGAAGAACAAAUUUCUUUAGAUUCCGAGGGAUGGGAUGAGAUGCAAGUUUCCAGAGUAGUAAACGAGUUUCGUUUGGAACAAGAACUUAAUAAAGGUAUCUCGUUUGCAACGAUUGCUGCUUAUGGUGCUCAUGCUGCAUUACCUCAUUACGAACCAAUUAAUUUGACGAAUAUACCCAUUGGCAAAACUUCGACAUUGGUCGUCGAUUCGGGUGGACAGUACUUAGAUGGUACAACAGAUGUAACAAGAACUUUACACUUUGGAAAACCUACUGAAGAACAAAAAAAGGCAUACACGAGUGUAUUAAUCGGAUCAAUACAAUUGUCUUCUUUGAUUUUUCCAGAUGAUUUAAUGUCUGAUCAGGUUGAUGUAUUAGCAAGGAAACCUCUUUGGAGUACUGGUAAUGACUAUAUGCAUGGUACCGGUCAUGGCAUUGGACACUUUUCAUCCGUUCACGAAUCUCCAAUUAGUAUAUCGUAUACAGGUGGUAUGUCUGUUACAUUAAAACCAGGAUAUUUUUUAUCCAAUGAACCAGGAUUUUAUAAGAAGGGUGAUUUUGGUGUACGUUUGGAAAAUAUACUUGAAGUUCUGACUACUAACGUAUCGAAAACAGGACAAACUUUCUUAAAAUUUCGGGACGUAACUCUUGUACCAUACGAACCUAAAUUAAUAGAUUAUAAUAUGUUAACACCAAUGCACCGCCGGUGGUUAAAUAAAUACAAUCAACGUAUCAGAGAGGAGAUCGGCAACGAAUUAAAAAAACAUUUAAGAAUGAAAGGCUUUUAUUGGAUGAUGGACAAGACAAAAGACAUUCCUGAAUGGGGUAAAGUCAACGAGGACAUUCUUCUCACGCAUUCUCAUUCCAAUUCUUCCACAUUCAAAGAGAUUCCUGUGCUAGUGACCAUUAUUAUUAUCUACAAUAUUAUUUUAAAUUUUGCAAUGACUUACAGUUAAUACAAAGAUUCAUUUGUUAUUUGACUUGAAAAAAAUCCUUGAAUAUACAUAUAUACACAUAAAAUUAUUAAAUAUAAUA